CUCCAGUCUGAACUCGCCCGUACCACCGUCCGCACAUGUGCCGAUCGCUCUGACAUUUUCGUAGUGCGCCCCUUCCCGCCGUGCUGACGCGCGUCUCUGCGAAAUAGUGUGUGAAAAAUAAUUUAACAAAAAAAAAAAACAAAGCGUUCGAAAAUCAAAAAUUGACAUAAUAAAAGUGUUAGUUGUCGGUGUUUUUUUUUUUAAUUUUUUGGCAGCGAUUUUUUUGUUUUUCGAAUUUUGAAUAUCUCUUCUGGCUAUUGUGUUGGAUGCUCCCGGGGAGAGGCGUCAAGUUCACGGGCGUCCAGCGAAUGCACUCCCGCUCGAUAAUGAUUAGUUUUGAACCGUGCUGAGGUUUUGUUUUCCCCAACAUAGAACAUAAAGAUUUGCAGUUUUGCAUUCUUUCCUGAAUAACUAGCGCUCGUACGUAAUAUCCACGUGACCCAAAUGCUGUUGGUUUAUGGGAAGACGCACUUACACCAGACAUCAUGAGUUUGAUGGCGGUGGUGAAGUUUGGUUACACCCUGGUGGCUGUGACCUUACUGCUGAUGAUAUGGGCGUCGUUGUCCCGAGCUAUAGAGCUUCAUGUGGACACGGGACAUCCGCCAUGCUUGUUCCAAGCACUCUGCACUUGUUCAAAACCAGCUGCAGAUCUCGGAAUCGUGACCUGCAAUCACGUGCCCCUUCUGAGGGUCCCCAGUACCAUCAACAACUCCAAGGUGUUCAUGCUGCAGCUAACUGGAAACAAGAUCCGGGAUCUAGAGCCACAGUUCUUUCAAACUACAGGACUCUACAGAUUAGCGAUAAACAAGAACCCUUUGGAAAGUAUACACGAAGAGGCCUUUUACGGCUUAGAUAAUACACUGUGGGAGCUCGAGUUACGUGAAGACAAACUGAUUGCAGUACCGAGCAGAGCGUUAAGAUAUCUGCAGAAGUUACGGUUGUUGGACUUAUCAGGCAACGAAAUCACGGACAUAUCAGGCGACAAUUGGCGUGGACUAGAGAACACUCUGCAGAUAUUGAUUUUAGCCGACAACUCGAUAGCGAACCUACCUUUAGAUGCAUUUAGUGGACUGCCCUUAUUGGAGACACUGGACUUACACGGAAACCACUUGUCUGUUAUUGACAGCGGAGUGUUCCGUGAUGGAAUGAGCAGAUUAAAUAGGCUGCUAUUAGGAGACAACCAGCUGUCGUACAUCCCUUAUGAGGAACUGUCACCAUUAAGGCAACUGAGGGUCUUGGAUUUGUCCAGUAACGUUAUAAAACAAGUACCACCGUUACAUGAUCUAAACGGAAUCAAACUUUCUUUGGAUCUCUUGAAACUAGACAACAAUAUGAUCCAGGUUCUGUAUCCGGGCGCAUUCAAAUACUUUAACGUAUUGAACUCGACGACCCUCGACCGGAAUCCAAUCGUGACGAUAAGAGAAGACGCAUUCCGUAACGCGAAAAUAAAGUCUCUAUCGCUAAGAGACUGCAGUAUAUCCGACCUGUCUCCAGCAGCAUUUGCUGGUUUAGAGAACAGUCUGAUUAGCUUGGACUUAUCCGAGAACAACUUGACAAUGGUGUCCAAAUUCAUGCUGAAUAAACUCGAUUCUUUAAGGUUCUUAAACUUGAGAGAAAAUAAGGUUGACAUAAGCUUACUGACCACAAAUAUGCCGUCGGAGUAUCAACAAAGUGCUUUCAACAGUUUCCAAUACAGACUUUUUUCGUUAGACGUGAGCGGCGCUAACUCUAUAGAAAUCAGUCUACAGGAUGCUAAGAGAAUGAGGUCGUUGAGGUCUCUGUCGGUUGGCAAACUGUUACGUCAAAGCAUUAAGACUGAAGAUUUCCUGGAUUUCGGUAUGGAGCUAGAAGACUUGAAGUUAUUUGGCAGCAAUCUCAUCAGGAUCGAAUCGAGCGCCUUCCAAUAUGUCAGGACCAUCAAGACCCUGGAUCUCUCGGAGAAUAACAUAGAGUACAUCGACCCGUUCGCUUUUGCCGAGCUGCACAGCCUUAUCACAUUGAAGAUGGCGCGCGGUUUGUCCGAUUCGGUCAUAAUUCUACCGUUCGAGCCGCUGAAGGCGCUGACCGAACUCCAGUACCUGGACAUGAGCAACAACAAACUGAAAAACGUGCCGGACACCUCGUUUCAUUUCUUGAAGAACUUGAGAUCGUUGAACUUAGAAGAUAACGCAAUAGAACACUUUUCAAAGGGAACUCUACAAGCCGAUAUCCACGGAAAAUUGGAGAGCAUAUGCCUCUCCUUGAACCAGAUGAAACAAAUAGGGCAACACACAUUCGUCGAGCUGAAGGAAAUGCAAGAAAUCCUCAUAGAAGAUAACCUCAUACAGUACAUACAGAGGAGAGCGUUCGCCAGCCUCGAUAACUUGAAAAUUAUCAAGCUCAAAGGGAAUCGAAUCAACGAAAUUUCGGAGGAAGCAUUCCAAAACAUACCGGCUCUCAAAGAGCUUGACGUCUCGUUCAACAAACUGGAAACGUUUAAGUUCUCUAUAUUCGACCAAGUGGGAACGGCAACGGCUCUGAAAGUGAACGCUUCAUACAACAACAUCAUUGUAUUGACCGAUUCGAACGCACCUAGUAUCUUCUCUUCGAAUUUUUAUCCGCCACCGAAAGCGCAGAGAUUGAAUUCAUAUUACGGAGAUUUCCCUAUAUCACCAGGUCUCGGAACUGUGUCCGUAAAUUUGAGAGUGUUGGAUUUUUCCCACAAUAAUGUCACAUAUAUCGCGCCUUAUUACUUCAGGCACGCCGAUUUAACUCUAUCCGAGUUAUAUCUGUCCCACAACAAACUGAGGAACAUAACGAGAGAAGUAUUCGGUUCUAUGGUCAUGUUGCAAUACCUGGAUUUAUCCCACAACCACAUCUAUCACAUGGAAUACGACUGUUUUAAGAAAGUGAAGAAUUUACAGAUCAUAAACUUGUCCCACAACCACCUCAUCGAACUGCCAGUCGGAAUGUUCCACGACAUGCAAUCUCUGACGUCGGUAGACCUCUCAAAUAACAACAUCAGAAAUUUCGCGGAAAAUCUGAUUAUAUCACCAGCGUUGGAAAGGUUAGACUUCUCCGAUAAUGAGCUGUCGAGGGUGCCGACUAAUUGCUUAGCCCCAGCCGCGGCUGCCAACUUAGUUGAACUAGAUCUGAGCGGGAACACUAUACCUACAGUGUCGAUGUCCGACUUCGUACAAAGAUUCAGGAACCCCGAGCCGGGAGAGUGGCCCGAGGAGUCGGACUACAGCGACGAGUACAUGUACCACACGGCUAGACGAGAUCACACCAGAGUUUACCACCAAAAAAAGCAAUACCCACAAAACGUUUUGUAUAAGUCUUUAGCGUGGUUGGAUCUGUCGGAUAAUCAUCUGGUACGAAUCGAAACGGCUUCGUUCUCGGCGCUGCCCAAGCUGAAGUGGUUGGACAUAAGCAACAACAACCCGUUCAAUAACGGGGAGAGAGGAAACAAUAUAUUUAAAGGACUCGAAAGACGUCUUACACAUUUAGGGUUGAAGAAUGUCAGCUUGAUGUUUAUACCCUCAAUGCUGCUCUCGAAACUGAAGAGUCUGGAUCUAUCCUACAAUAAUUUACCAUCAGUACCUCCGGAUACGACAGCUAACCUAACCCGACUCCGAGUACUGGAUUUAUCCUACAACGACCUGACAACAGUUCCAGUGGCAACGCAUUCACUGACCGAGCUCCGUUGGCUGUCGUUGUCUGGCAACCCCAUCACUGCGCUCAUGAACACGAGCCUUUACGGAAUAUCGCCGCGCCUGGAGUACCUGGACGUUACUAGGCUACGUUUGCGAAUAUUUGAGCUUGGCGCCUUCGGAAAAAUGUACGCACUGAGAACUCUCAAAGUGACGUCAUAUUCGAAUCACAGAGACUUCAACAUCCCGCGCAUGUUGACUUACAACGCCGGACUCGAGAACCUUCUGGUUGAAAUCGACGAACUAGGAACCGAAUUCGGGAAGGAAAUGUACGGAGCACUGCCUUUGAAGCUCAAUAAUAUUACAAUUACGGGCCAAAGUUUGAAAUACCUAACUCAAUAUUUGAUAAGUGGAGUUCAAUCGAGGUCCCUUCGUCUGACGAUAUACAAUACGAGCGUCGAAGAAAUAGCCGGCGAAGUAUUUUGGCGGCCGGGACGAGUCCGGAACUUGACCUUGGAUUUGAGGAAUAAUUACAUUUCUAGAGUACCCAAUCCGAGUCAGAGGGGAUGGCCCGGGGUUCCGAACUCUUUGUUCCUAGAAGAUAUAUUUGUUGCUGGGAAUCCAUUGAUAUGCGACUGCGGCGUCGGAUGGAUUGAAGCAUGGGAUAGAAAGAGAAGACAGUAUCUUUGUAAUGAUCCUCACAGUUGUGUGGCGACGAGAGAUGACGUCAGAUUCGCUACCUGCCCUUCGUAUGAAAACAGAUCCUUGAGCGAUGUACUGUCAAGAGAUCUAGAUUGUGAUUGGAAUAAAGGAUUUUUAAGUUCACCAAAUACGUUCGUAAUCAUAGGAAUGUCAAUUCUAACGUUAUUAUACAUUUGAGGACUGUUUUGGCUUCUCGGGGUAUACGAAGAGUUCCACCGAAUUCUGGCGAGGAUCUACGGUAUGUGAGGUCGAAUCGGACAAAAUGGGGGCAAAUUAUUAAGACCAAACUUAAACUUAGUCUUUUCCGAUUAUAACUACAGAGUUUAGAUGCAGUUUUCUGUAAUGUUGUUGAUACGCAAAAGUUUUCUAUUGGGAGUUUUAGAAUUGUUUGUUUCAAUGUUCAUGUCAAACAAUGACAAACGGGUUAGGGGUUGAGCGAUAAAAUCUCAGUUUGAACCUUUAAGACGCCUGAAGCGACUGAGGAUAUCAACAACAGUGCUUAUACUAAUGCUUAGUUACCUUAUGUGGCCUAUGUCUUAUUGAGUGAUCCUUACAGCCAUAAACGAGUUGAAUGAUGACCCGAUUACUUGGUUGAAAGUGUGGGUGUUCGUUAAUUACUUGAAAUGUGCAAGAGAUUGUUUUGUGUAAAAGAAAACUGUUAAGACUCUUGUGAAGCCUAUAUCCGGUCGUGAUCGAGAAAUGUAUGUGUGAUCUCAAGGGAUUGAAUCUAUAAAAUGUUAACGUUUCAAAGUUUUUAUUUAUAGAUAUAUAGCAUAUAUAUAGCAUAGAAAUGUUUAUUGUGUAAUUAUUUUGUCUUGUCCGCAGUUUAUUUAUCUAAUUCGUAGUUAAAGUUAAUAUGAUAGAUUUGAACAUUUCGUGCACUGCCGUACACAGAGCGAGUUGAUGUGCCAAAAUGUGGAUCGUAUAUUGGGUAAAGAAAAUAUAAAUAUCUAUACAUAUAUAAAAAUGAAUUGCUGUUCGUUAGUCUCGCUAAAACUCGAGAACGGCUGGACCGAUUUGGCUAAUUUUGGUCUUGAAUUAUUCGUGGAAGUCCAGAGAAGGUUUAAAAAUUACAUAAAUAUGAAAAUGUUCGGAAUUAAAGAAAAAUAACAUUUUUUUUCGGUCGCAUUACUUUGGUUUGUUUUAUGUUUGUUUUAUACAAAAGUUUAGGUCUUUUAUUUGUCGAUUGAGGCACUACGAAGUCUGCCGGGUCAACUAGUAUUAUAUUGGGGCUUUUAAAAAAUUAAUGUUUUAAACAAGAUAAUUAUGUAUGGAAGUGCACUUAGUGUGGUUAAAACUAUGCAUUUAACAUGAUGUUAGAAACGUUCGCAUCACAUAAAUAACUAAAUGAACGCCGAAAAUUAGACUGCAUUCGUUGGAAUGACAUGUGUUCGUCCAUUUGAAAAACUAUUUAUAGAUGUAUAGUAUUCGUUUCGCAUAGAAUAUCUAGAUGUAGGACAAAAUUAUUAACUAUUACUUUAAGGUCGUUUUACAAAUAAAUUUUCACUACUAAUGUUUUUGUUGUUGUAGCGUUCUACGAAAUUUUAUCAAUUAAAGGAACCCCUUGUACAAAUUUAUAUUCCAAAGCAGACUAUUUACAAAACGCCUGUAAUUUAAAGCUUACCGCUAAAUUUACAUAUUUACUCUAAACAAUGUUACAACUAUUUAGCUAUUCGCAAAGUCUAUUAUUGUUGAAGGUAUUUUUAAUAAACGCCUAAUACGUCUAGAUUCAUUGACUACCUUUAUCAUGUAAAUAAAUAUUUUCACGACUGAAUUAAUGAUGUUUCAGAAUGUUUGAUGUCGAUUACAUGUUUACGAUUAUGUUUUAUUGCAUUUUGUCGAUUUUAAUCACACGCCAGUAACAUUACGUACAGCUAAACCCAGUUUGUUGCUAACUGUAACUUCGAUUACCUCUACAGUGGUCCAUUUCAUACUCUUUCAGAUCUACAACGGUUAUCUUUUGUUUUCAACGCCACAUUGCCACCACGGCACAUGACACCUUUACUUCAAUGGUAUUGAAAACAAAGGAAUGUUGUAACAAUGAAAUAUAUAUUUUGUGAUAUAUAUAAAAAUCUCUAAUCCUUCUAUUUUUGAUAAAGCUAAUAACGAUUAUUGCUAUUAAGUUACUGUAGUUGUUUGAACUAUUGUUGGUACUUUGAACUAUGUAUGCAGACACCUUUUUCAUUGUAUGUCUUCUAUUAUAUCUGCAGACAAUUUGACUAUCUGUAAUAUGACCGAACUAGAUCAAAGUACCAUCCUUAGCUUUCAGGGUUGCUUCUUUGUGAGUUUUAGCGUAAACAGCUAAGUCAAUUGUGAAAAUCAAAUUAAAAAUUAUAACUAGUGUUUUUGAAUAAAAGCUAUAAAUCUAGAACUAGCUAUUUCAAAUGAUAUAAUCUGGGCUCUUUCGUUUUAUUCUAUAAAUAUAAAUGUAGCCUUAUGUAAAGAUAAAUCUUUUAUUAAUUAUUGUCACUUUUAGAACUAAAUCAUGUGAUGUUAAAUUUUAAAUGUUAUUAUAAUAAAUUAAAACUAAUAGAUGAAUUGUUCGAUUCCGAAUGGCCAUAAGAUUAAAUUCAUCGCGUAUUUUUUCACCCCUAUUCAUUUGAAGUUAAAGUUUAUUUUUGUCCGAACAUUAUGUUACUUUGACUACAUAUUGACUACAUGACUACGGACAUUUUUAUCUAAUUAUCUCCGUAUUGUGAUAAAAGCAGCUAGAUUACCAAUCAAUAAUUCAAUAGAUUUAGUCUAGAUUUUUUUUGUCUAGGUAAGUUUACGUUGUGUUUUGAUUAUUCUAAAUCCGCCACCAUUAUAAUAAUUCGUUUUUAUUAUUAAAUCUACAUUUAAUUCCAAUUUAAAUGAAUAAUAUUUACACCCUUUAAACUCGUUUAGUUUUAAAACGAAUGGUAAAUGUUCGAUGUGAUUUUAAGACCUGAUUUGAUGGGAUAUGUUAAGGAAGGUACGUUUUGUCUUCACCGAUUCGUGAGAUUUAUAAUAAAUAGGCAAAUUGAAUUAUUAGUGUAUCGAAAUAAAUUAUUGUGUAAAUUUAA